AUGAUUCAGCACCAGACGCCCAAGGUCCUGCAGCGGCGGUGCCUCCCUUCCUCCGGGUUCGCCGGAUCUGGAGGCCCUAUCCUCUUCCUCCGCCGGCGCUUGGUGCUGGUUCUGCUCAUGGAUUUGGAAGCUCCGUUUGGUCCCUGGCCUGGCACUUCAACUCACAUCUUUCAGGAAGAUGCCCGGAUCGAAGGAUCCCGGAUGGCUCGUAUCCGCAAUCUACUAAGAACAGGAGGCGGCGGCGGGAGCUUUUCCUGUCAACUGAUCUGCAAAAUUGGAGGAAGAAGAAACCAAAACUCAACUCUCAACUGCAAUCAAUUGAAGAAAGUAUUCUUAAACUGCAGAGUCUUCCUCCUAAUCUUCAGAAUCAAUCUUUACAAAGAGACCUAAUCCAACAACAUCAAGUGAUCCUGGACAAACAAGCGGAAUUUCAUAAGCAGAGAUACAAAAAGAGUUGGGUUACUGAGGGGGAUAGAAACGCACACUUCUUUCAGCAGGCCAUCCUUAAGAGGGAGAGAAGAAACAGGAUUCUUUUCCUUGCAGAUGAGUUUGGGAAUCCUUUGACAACUCAAGAUCAGAUUGACACAUGUUUCAACAACUACUUCAAGAAUCUGUUCACAAGCCAGGUUGAUCAUCAACAGUUGAAUAUCUUACCUCAACAGAAUAGGGUACAAGAAGAUUUCAGUAGUGACUUAACAAGUUCCAUUCCUGACAAAGCUGAGUUAUGGGGUAUUCUGAAGAAUAUGAAGAAGGAUGCAGCCCCUGGUCCAGAUGGAUUUAAUGCAGCUUUCUAUAGAGUUUCUUGGGACUGGCUUGGUGAUGAUGUAGUCAAUCUGGUUCAGAAUUUUUAUCGCACAGAUGAUAUUUUGCAGGAAAUCUUCACUAGACUAUGGUACCUUUGGAAAGCAAGGAAUGAUUUCAGGUUCAACAAGAAAUGGUCUGUGAGCAGACUAAAUCAUGAGGUCCAGGCAGACAUUGCCACGUCCAUUCUGUAUACCUCUCAUGCAAGUUCUAAUAGGAAUAUGACUUCUUUGAGUUCUGCUCCAACUAAUGUCAAUGGUUCUACUUUUCCUGUUGUGGUCCCUUCUUUAUUGCUGAUGCAGGAUUUAUCAAAUUGCCAAUAUUGGCAGUCUUUUGUUUUUGCAUAUGCAGAUGCAACUCUCCAACCUGAUGGCCAAGGAAGUAGCUCAAGAAUUGCUGGACUGGGGGUUCUAGUUGAUCUUAGAUCUACUAGUAUCUCUUGUUGUUUGCAGGUACUUGGAUCUGUCAGGGUAGAUUCAGUGGUGAUGGCAGGGCUGGCUGCUCUCCUUUUGGCGGCAAAAUUUCUUUCCGUGUUGCAGAUUCAAUCUGAAGGAAUUGGUUCUGAUUGCCUUCAGGCAGUCAGACUGCUCCACAUGGCACCCUUGGACUCACCAUGGAAGCUUCAUCCAUGGAUCUCUCAUUUUCAGGAUCUUGGCUCACGAGAUGCUUUGCAAGUGACCAAAAUCUCUAGAGCCCAAAAUGAGGCAGCGCAUCAACUAGCAGUUAGAGCUAGAAAUGUUUUUUUCUCAUAGGCUAUUUCAUCCUGUGUACAAAUUCUCUCCAUGGUCAUGGCUGUGCUGUUCUUGCAGCACUCCAUUCUGUAGCUUGGGGCCAUCUGACCCUUCUUCAUGUACAUUGCUUUUAAUGUUGAAUGAAGUCCUUUA